AUGGCUACAGCUGCCGCUUUUUUUGUGCUCCUGGCUUUGCCAGUGGCGGCCCACUCCCCUUUGGGGAGCAAUGGCGAGCGUUUUCGCGGCAACAGCCGUAAGCUUUGGGAUUUGGCAGCCCAGGAGAACCACAUUUGGGGCCGCUGCGAUGAGUGGGAUGCCAAAGUGAGCGGAUGUCACCUGAAUUCGCAAAACAAGUGCAGCGAUCGCCUCUCUGCCGGUCCUGCAACGUAUGACCUGGAGAUCACGCUGGGCAACCUGACGCCGUCCACGGCGGAACGCGAGGUACACCUGGCUUGGUGGGCGCCCAGAAAGUCCCAGACCAACUGGAACCCCGUGGAGAACUUGCAAGGCUGCGCGGUCUACAGGUCCAUGCGCUCCGCUUAUCCGGAUUUCAAUGACCCAGACUUCAACGGUGGCAACCUCAAGGUGAGCGAGAGCGGCGAGGUGGUCAUUCGCAUGCAGUCACCGGCAACUUAUUUCGUCACCAGCUGGAUCUCGGUGCCCCACAUCCACCUGCGACUGUGCAGCAAUGACACCUUUGCGCACACCACGCAAGACGCCAUCGUUUUUGCCAAGAACGGGGCUGAGCUCGUCGCCGGAGAGGCAGGCUCAACUCUGCAGAUUCGAAACAUCCAGAACUUCAGCUACUGGCCAAACCCCGGCUCUGGUAAUGUGAGUGAUCGCAACAUUGUCGGUUUUCUGGUUUGGAAGAAGCAGCAGGACGGCUCCGUGACGACAACCGCAUCGCCGGGCCAGCUGGUGGAGGAAAUCAUCGAUGACGAGAUGGCCAACUUCAACUGGGAUGCCUUGGAGUUCUCGCCGAUUUACCAGUGCUUUACUAGCCAACAACUCUUCGACCACUUCACCGCCACCUGUGUGGACCAGUGCAGUGACAGCGCUGAGGUGGCACGUGGCCAAUGUGCCUUGGCAGAAAGCUCUGUCAUGGGUCUGCCAGCUUUCUUGGUCAAGCGAAGCAGGGGCAUCAAGCAAGUUUCUUGUUUCUGA